AUGACCCAAGCAGGAACCACAAUACUCGCCGCCGCCGUGGUUGCGGCAGGCUACCUGAGCGCCCUCUGUGCGACGCCUCCGAACCCACCUCUGGACCAGAAAGAUCGGCACACCACCGACCGCAUUAGUUUCAUGACCGGCUCUGUGGCGACUGUGAUCCGCCGAAUCGUCGUGACUGCCAUCAUGUAUCACGCGCUCUUGACAGUGCUCCCGACAUAUGCGCCCGAUCGCAUGGCACAGAUGUGCCCACACCUGCAGAACCUCAACCCGGCAUUGUUUACAUGGAGCACCACGACAGCCGGUGCCUUGCUGAUGAUUUUCACGGGCGCGUUUGUCAGAUUAGCUGCCUAUAGGGGGCUUAGCCAGAAUUUCACAUUCCACCUGGCGGCGCCGAGCCAGCUAGUGACGACGGGGAUAUACAAGUGGAUGCAGCACCCGAGCUACACUGGCAUGGCGCUGAUUUCCCUGGGGGCGACUGCACUCUUUAUGCGAUGGGAUGGGGCGCCUGGGUGCUGGACCCGGGAGGCCACUAUAUCUCAAUUGAAUGGAUGGGGCUUGAGUAUCGCGGCAGGGACUUCCACGCUUGGACUGAUGAUGCUGUUUACAAGGGUGAAGGACGAGGAAGAGAUGUUGAAACAGAAGUUUGGAAAACAGUGGGAUAAGUGGCAUCAGUCGACGAAACGAUUCAUUCCUGGGAUCCUUUGA